GGGCCAUGGGUGACGCAUGUGAGUUUGAUAAUAUGAAACAUUAAAAUAACGAAAUUAUGACAUAAAUUACCUGAAAAUCCAAUGGCAUCCAAUUUGGAUCCAAUUUGGUUUGGAAGUGAGCUCACGAUACUGCAAGCCCGUGCUCACACUCGACUUUGCUUCGCCAUAUUUGCUUAGUUUCUUCCUCAAGAGAGAUUAUUUUCUACUGACUGAUAAAAAAAGGAAAAAUAAUGUGGAUAACCGGAGCGAUUAGGCGACCUCUGCUCCGGUUGCAGCUGAACGCGGCGGCGAAUUUUUCCUCGUCGGUGGCGACUGUGGAGGCGGAGAGGAGCAUAAAAGAAGGGCUGAGAAAUGACUGGAAAAGACAGGAAAUCAAGUCCAUCUACGAUUCUCCUGUUCUCGAUCUCCUCUUUUAUGCGGCUCAAGUUCAUAGACAUGCACACAAUUUUAGAGAAGUCCAGCAAUGUACUCUGUUGUCUAUUAAAACAGGUGGAUGUAGUGAAGAUUGUUCAUACUGCCCUCAGUCUUCUAGAUACAGCACUGGACUUAAAGCACAAAAGCUUAUGAAUGAAGAUGCUGUCCUUGAGGCUGCAAAAAAGGCAAAAGAGGCAGGCAGCACUCGAUUCUGUAUGGGUGCUGCAUGGAGAGACACGAUAGGAAGAAAGACCAAUUUCAAUAAGAUACUUGAAUAUGUGAAAGAAAUAAGGGGUAUGGGGAUGGAGGUCUGCUGUACAUUGGGUAUGAUAGAGAAGCAGCAAGCUAUAGAGCUAAAAAAGGCUGGCCUUACAGCUUACAACCAUAAUCUUGACACAUCUAGAGAAUAUUAUCCUAAAAUUAUAACCACGAGAACCUUUGAUGAACGUUUGCAGACCCUUGAGCAUGUUCGUGAGGCUGGAAUAAAUGUUUGUUCUGGAGGAAUAAUUGGGCUUGGGGAAGCAGAAGAGGACAGAGUUGGAUUGUUACAUACACUGGCAACACUCCCUACACACCCUGAGAGUGUACCUAUUAAUGCACUUGUUGCGGUCAAAGGCACACCCCUUGAAGAUCAAAAGCCUGUUGAAAUAUGGGAGAUGAUCCGAAUGAUUGCCACAGCUCGUAUUAUAAUGCCAAAAGCAAUGGUCAGGCUUUCGGCUGGCAGGGUUCGUUUUUCCAUGCCCGAGCAGGCGCUUUGCUUUCUUGCCGGUGCAAAUUCAAUUUUCACGGGCGAGAAGCUACUGACGACCCCUAACAAUGACUAUGAUGCAGAUCAGAUGAUGUUCAAAUUGCUUGGCCUCAUCCCAAAAGCUCCUGAAUUUUCAGAGGUUUCAAGCAAAGAGUUUGAAACAGAAAAUGUCGAAGUUGCAGCAACAAACUAGUUCAGGUUGAGAAUAGCCUUCCUUCCUUGUGUCUACUUUUUCUUUUCUAUGUAAUUCCUUAGUAUUUGUGUAGCCAUGUAGAAAUUGCUGUCUUGGUGAGAUUUUUCAAUUCCCUGUUCGAGUUCUACGUCUGUAUAUGGAUAAUUCAUGAAUUAGGCUGCUUUCUAGAGCUAAUGAAGGACUUCGCACUUGACACGGUAAAUCCGGGUUAGUUGUUUGUUAACACUAGUAUUCUAAAAAUCGAGCAAGACGUCCGGGCGCCACUGUUUUUGCCUUGGCGGCUCUUCUAGGUGCUCGACGGACUAGGAGCCGUCCAAGUGGGCUAGGCAGUUGUGAAGUUAGUUACCCUGUGGUAACUCGAUAGCUAAGGCGUUCUAGGCGG